AUGAAAUCUUCAGCUUAAAGAAUAAAAUUGAGAGAGAUAACCACUAAAUAGAUUUCCUUGUUCAAUAAAAGGAUCAUACCAGAUUGUUAAGGUGACAUUUUUAAAAGAACCAAAGAAUAGAUUCUUCAGGAUACUCUAAAGGCUAAAGAAGAAAAGAUUAAAAAGAAAAAUUUCAGUCUUGCUAUGCUUAAAGAAGAACAGAGGAAGGUAGAGUAGAGUUUGGCUAGAUUUGACUAUCUCUAAAAUGAUAUGGGAGAAUAAUGA